AAAAUAAGUCAACAAGUCAACAACCAAUGGGACAGUAGUUUAAGUGGGCCCAUCGCCGUCUUUGGCUUUAUCGGGGACCGAGAACCUCCACCAAGAGGAGAUUUGGCAUAGGGAGUCGUAAAUAUGACUUCUCUCCUUGUUCUUCGGAUAUUCCUGCCUCUGUUACUAUUAUUCGGAUCCUGUUGCUCGACCCGAAUCGGCCUUGGAGUGGACUUGGAAGCCGAUCUGAAUCUGCAGAAAGAUCAGAGAGAGUUCGAUUACUUCAUGCUCUCUCUGCAGUGGCCCGGAACCGAAUGUAACCAGACUAAGAAAUGCUGCUCCGCCAAUGGCUGUUGCCGCUCCAACGCAAUUAUUGGAUUCACGAUUCAUGGACUUUGGGCUGAAUAUAAUGGAGGCAAAUCAUGGCCUUCGUGCUGUGAAGGUUCACAAUUUAAUGAAAAUGAGAUCUCAAGUUUACUGGAUGACUUGAAUAAGUACUGGCCAUCUUAUAGAUGUGGUACCUCCACAACAUGUCAUGCUAGCAAAGGACCAUUUUGGGCUCAUGAGUGGGGUAAACAAUUUCUCUCUCACUUUCGACCUUCUAUUUUUCAAUGUUUUUCUCAUUCUGCUUUAUCCUGUAGAAUGAUAUACUAUGAGAGUAGACAUGAAUUGCUAAUGCUACUUAUAUCAUUUAUAUUGUUAUGGUAGACAUCAAUUGCUAGUGCUAAUUAUAUCAUUUAUAUUGUUAUGUUGCUUCUAUUUGAUUUCUACAGAGAAACAUGGAACAUGUUCCUAUCCAGUUGUUCAAAAUGAAAAUGAAUACUUCCUGACAGCCCUCAACCUGUACUUCCAAUACAAUGUUACAGAAGCUUUGUUCAGGGCUGGGUAUGUACCCUCAAACUCUGAAAAGUACCCCCUAAAAGGCAUCAUUUCAGCCAUUCAAAAUGAUUUCCAUAUUAACCCAGAAGUUGUUUGCUCCGGUGACGCCUUGGAAGAACUUAGGCUUUGCUUCUAUAAGAACUUCGAGCCGCGUGACUGUGCAACAGAAUCUAGUAGUGUAAGUGCCAAGAUCUCUUUGAAAAGCUCAUCAUGCCCUUCUUAUGUCAGCUUACCAAUACAUGAUGCAUCACAAUGGCUUGUAAAAAAAGAAGCUGCCAUCUUCCAGGCUACAUGGUAGAGCGCUGAUCAGAGUAUUUAUUGAAAGAGAAGACAGUUGGGGAGCCUAGUUUGGGAUUGUGCUGUGGUUUCCUUUUAUUGCCGAUCCUUGAAAUGCAAACUCUUGCAAAGAUUGUUGUAAAAUAAUAAACGAGUCAAAGUUUCAGCCUGAAACUACCAUUUCAAACUAACUAAAUAAAAUAUCCUGCAGACUGCAAAUCCAAAUGACAUAAGAGCAUCUUUAAUGCCACAUUGUUAACAUUGAAUAAAUUUUGACACAUGGCAAACAAUAAAUGGAAUGUUCAUCCACGUCAUAUAAGAGUUAAGUAAAUAGAUGACGG